CUGGAAAAGGUUUGGGCUUCUCGGUUCUAGUGAAGUUUAAGUAUAAUGCCACAGCAUACAAAGACAUCCUAUACAAUCGUGUGUAUGUUGUGAGUUUAUAAAAUAGACUUUCUAGUAUAUUUCUUGGAAAUGAUUUUGUUCACACCUUAAAGCUUUCCAGUUGCUUGUAAUAGCUUAAAGAGUUAAACGAGUUGGCAAUAAAACUAUGCUGAUCUUCAGGAAUGUUGUCGAAAUGCAUUCUUUCUGCAUGAAACCAGGGUGUAGAGAGCUAAAGUGGACCACAUAUCUGUAGGAUACCUUUUUAUUUUCCCCUUUGUAACUUCAGCACCUAACUUUUACACUUAACCGCACGACAUUUCUUUUGUUUUUGGUUUAUUUUUGUCCGGUUUGUUCCUGUUGUUGUUAUUUAAAGGCAUCGAAAUGAAAAGAAACGGCGCGUACAGAUUGUUGUCCGUGUUUUCCUGUCUCAUCGUGUUCGCUUUCUUGUUCAUGUUUUGGUUUUUCGUGUUUUACUCCAUGAUGAACGCGCCGUGAAACAUAAUUCAGUCGAACAUCUCUAGUGCUAAGCUAAACAGCUAGCCUGUUUUCUUGCUGCUAUCCAUCGUUUGAAAGAUACAGCUCAAGUUUUGUUAUGUUUGGGGCGGAUAUUAUUCCUACACGUGCUUUGUGGAUCCUUCAAAAAAAACAAAACUCUAACUGUUUUUAUUAAACUGAAGUGUACUUAAUGUCCAAAUGGCAGCUGAAUCAGUGGAAAAAGGCACAGCAUCUCCCAAGUUGCAGUUUGCCCCUUUCUCUAGUGCCCUAGAGGCAGGAUUCUGGCAUCAGCUCACCCAGAAGAAACUCAAUGACUACCGGCUGGAUGAAAGUCCAAGAAGCAUCAAGGGUUAUUAUUAUAAUGGUGACCCCUCUGGCCUGCCGUCUCGUUUGACCCUGGAGUACAGCGCAUUUGAUGUUGAUGGAUCCACUCCAGUUUACUGCUGUGCUGCUAAGGGAACUCUGUAUAACACCAACACACUUGAAGCCUUUAAAUCCAUCGACAAGAAAGCUCUUCUUGAUAAAGCAGCUAAUGAGAUUUGGAUGACCAUACAGUCAGGUGCUGCAGUGGAAGACCCUUCAGUCCUCAGCCAGUUCAUCAUCUUAACGUUUGCGGAUCUGAAGAAAUACCAGUUUUAUUACUGGUUCUGUUUCCCUGCUAUCUGCUUCUUGGAAGGAAUUCCCCUUUUGAAGGAUCCGGUGUUGCUACAGCAGAAAUUCUGCCCUCGGCAGGUGUCUGCUUUUCAAGCAGCCUACGAUGGCUUGUGUUCAUCAGUCGGAGCUACAGCUGUACCGUUUUUCCUUGUGAAGUACUCUGAGGAGGAUGUUCAAGUGGCUCUACUGAAAGACUGGGGUUCAUUCUUCACAGAUCUGAAGAAGGUAACCGUGGGUGUCUAUGACCCAUGCACACUGCCUCAACAUCCUGGCUGGCCUCUUCGUAAUUUUCUGAUCCUCCUCGCCAGUAAAUGGGGGUCACAGCUGGACGUGGUUGAAAUCAUUUGCUUCAGAGACCGGACGCUUCAGGGCUGUCGCUCGGUGCAGCACAGCCUCGUGCUUGAGGUCAAGCUGCCCAGACUGUCUCUGUCUGAAGCUUGUCCUAAGAGUGUGGGCUGGGAGAAGAACCACAAAGGAGCAAUGGGGCCUAGAAGUGUCAAUCUCAGUGCAUGCAUGGACCCCAAAAGACUUGCAGAAUCAUCCGUCGAUCUUAAUCUGAAGUUGAUGCGCUGGAGGCUCGUCCCCACUUUGGAUUUGGAUAAAGUCGUGUCCACAAAGUGUCUCCUGCUUGGAGCUGGUACGUUGGGCUGCAAUGUGGCGAGGACACUCAUGGGCUGGGGAGUGAGACACAUCACAUUUGUGGACAAUGCAAAGAUCUCCUAUUCAAACCCAGUGCGUCAGGCUCUCUAUGAAUUUGAGGACUGCUUGAAUGGAGGGAAAAUUAAAUCCUUGGCUGCAGCAGACAGAUUAAAGAAGAUCUUCCCAGGCGUGAAUGCUGAAGGAUUCAACAUGAGCAUCCCCAUGCCUGGCCACCCUGUGAGUUUUUCUGAAGCGAUGAUUACUCAAGCACAGACAGAUGUGGAGCAGUUGGAGGCACUGAUCUCAGCACACGACGUUGUCUUCCUGCUUAUGGACACGCGGGAGAGUCGCUGGCUCCCCACAGUCAUUGCAGCAAGCCAGAGAAAGCUUGUAGUUAAUGCAGCUCUCGGCUUUGACACCUUUGUUGUAAUGAGGCAUGGCCUUAAGAAACCCAAAAUCUCAGACACUGGAGACACCAAAGAAUCAUCUCCCUUGUCUGAAUCAGACUCCUCUUCUUCCUUAACUCCAGCUACGCCAGGAGCAUCUCUGUUUUCGAACAUACCUGGCCAUCGACUAGGCUGUUACUUCUGCAAUGAUGUUGUUGCCCCAGGAGAUUCGACCAGGGACAGGACUCUGGAUCAGCAGUGUACAGUGAGCAGGCCUGGUUUGGCUAUGAUUGCUGGAGCUCUAGCUGUUGAGCUGAUGGUCUCCAUCCUGCAGCACCCAGAGGGCGGCUAUGCGGUGGCGAGUAGCAGUGAUGAUCGCAUGAAUGAACCGCCAACCUCACUUGGUCUCGUCCCACAUCAGAUUCGUGGCUUCCUCUCCAGAUUUGACAAUGUUCUUCCUGCCAGCUUGGCCUUUGAUAAAUGCACUGCUUGCUCACCAGUGGUCCUGGACUAUUAUGAGCGUGAAGGAUUCCAGUUUCUGUCCAAGGUGUUUAACUCAUCCCAUUCCUUCCUGGAGGAUUUGACAGGUCUGACCCUGCUGCAUCAGGAGACACAGGCUGCCGAGAUUUGGGACAUGAGUGAUGAUGAAAGUAUUUAAAGAUGGAUGAACAUGACACAGGUCAGCACCGGACACCUCGACCAGCCUACAUGACUGCUGAAAAACCACUCCGAUGAUCAACACACAUUCCUCUGGUGACGUGGUUCCAGCACUCACUGAUUAAGAAACACAGCACUUCUGUUUACAUGAGUUACAGAUACAGUCCUGCUGUCCACAACAAAAAUAAAGCCUUUUAUUGUUUCAUUACUAAAAGUCAAAUGUCAAAAUCCUUACUGUCUGUCAUGAACAGCUAAUAAAUAUCAUGUCCAAUUAUAUGUAAAGAUAUAUCAUAUCUGUGUCUCUAAACAGACUCAUUGUAAUGACGGUGUUUACAUGUAAAAAUUCCUUAAAUAAAAACGGUCAAAAAAUAUUAUCCUGUAGUGGUAAAUAUCUGUGUGAAGGUAACGUGAUGAUGGGGGAAGCUCAGAUGUACAUGAAGCAGUCAUUAGUCACAUUUAUUGUGCUCAGUUGAAUUGGGAUUUAAGUGAAAAUAAACCGUGUGUCUAUUUUAAAAUCUAAACAUAAUCAGAAAUACUUUAUCAUUACAAAACAAACAAAAAGAGUUUCUGUUUCAUUUCUUCUGUGAGCUUUCUGUGGAUACUCGUCCUCCCACCUUAAUAACAGUACCAGCUCCGUCACUGGGGUUUCACAUGCUGUGUUACUUUACACACAGGUGACUGAGCUCUGUUUAUACUCAGGUCGGAUAAAGUGGCUCCGUCACUUUACUGAAACUGAAGCACAAAAGAAAACCCUAGAUCCUUUGCUAUUAAACACAUGCAUCCGUCCAAGUAUAGACUCCAGCAUCGUGUUGGUCAGUAAACAGCUACUUGCACUACCGAUAUUUAAAACACGCUGAUAUUUUUUCGUGUGGUCUAAAUGAACAUGUAUGAAUUUUCUAUAACAGCAGAUCGGACAAUAGAUUUAUUGCACUAGAGGUCGUAUCCCAGUGCUACACUGGCGUUGAUCUGAGAAGCAUCUCCGUUAGCUAACCUUAUUAAAGCAGAUGUAGUACAAACACUAAGCAUACAGAGAGAGAAAAAUGUGACACCAAACACAUUCUGAUCGACUUCAUGUGAGAAGGUUGUUAAAGGAGGAACAGAGUCACAUGGUGUAGUUUAAGAGCUCUUUAUUGUUCAUCAAGGCUACUUUAAGUACAAAACAAUGGCCUGCCAAUUGGUUUAUUCAAAAGAGAAACAAGGCCACAAAAUGAGAUUAUAAUACAGAUUUACAGACCAUUCAGAAAUACACUAGCAGUGAAAGCUCAAAUGUUCAUUUCUAGUGUUUAUUCCUUUGGAAGCGCACAUGAUCUUCCUCAGAUUUGCGGUUUUAAUGGCAGUUAAACACAAACAGUAAAGUCAGAGUGGAGUCCCUAUUACAGUGAACCCAACAUUUCAAUUCCUCUGAAUCCCAAAAUCAACCAUGACAUGACUAUUGUCAUAAAUUUAUUUUUACACCGGAGCUACAAGACUAAUACAGCCAACACAAAGGAAGCAUUUAGCCACCAGUUUAGCAUCGUAUGCACUGCGUGUCAAUCAUCAGAUACUGACUUCAAGAGACGUGGCUCAGUAACGCCGCUUAAACAGAAACAGUUUCCAAUAAGCCUGCA